CCCUUCAUUUCAGGGUCGCCACUCCCCCAUAAAAACCAAGCAGCGCAAAUUUCAUAUUUUUAUUUUUAAUUAAUUAAUGAUAUAAGAGGAUGAAUAAAACCGGCAGAAUUGCGGCGGCGGCGAUCAAUUCGCAAGCCAUUCCUUUUCACCUCAGAGCUUGCCUUUUUCACAGCACUCCUCUUUCUGAGCGCAGAAGGCGCGCCUAUUGGGAUCCCGAAAGCUUUGUUAGGGGUUCCACAAAGAAAUUUAACCGGCACCAGAGAAGGCUCAAGAAAAAGACUUUGUUGCGAGAUGUCCAUGAAUUUGCAGAGAAUCUAUUUCAGGGAUGGGAUACAGAGAGUGAUAAGCACGAGCAACCAGGUCGAAGAAAUUCAUGGUUCCGACCAAAUUUCAGGGACAAUGAAUCUAAUAGGGGCAGGUCAAGAAAUAGAGCAUCACAAUAUAGGAGGCGUUUUCAGUUUUAUGAUGAUGAUGAUGAUGGUGAUAACUAUCAUGACAUGUUCCGCUCCAUGUUUGGUGGAAACAGAUCAUUCUAUUGGUCCUUCACAAUAGAUGAUGAUGAACCACAUUUUGGGCGCUCGUCAAAUUACUCUGGCAAAUAUAGGACUUCCAGUGGUCGGGCAUAUCAGUUUGGUGAUGAAUACGAGGAAUAUUACACAUCACAAGAGUAUGAGAGGCCCGUAGAUGGAUUGAGGACCGACAGGCUUGCUUUGGGACUCAGUCCGUCUGGUCCAAUAAACAUUGACGAUGUCAAAAGCGCAUACCGAGCUUGUGCAUUAAAAUGGCAUCCGGAUCGUCACCAGGGCUCUUCCAAGGUUGUCGCAGAAGAGAAAUUCAAGGUCUGUAGUGCAGCAUAUCAGUCUUUAUGCGAUAAACUGCCGCUAAAUUAGGGACAAAAUGUAUUGUAUUACUAUUAGCCGAAUUAUAUAUGGAGAUGGAGGCAUGCGUUGUAGGAUCUCACUAAUUAUGAUUACCUUAAUUGUGCAUUGGUUAA